AUGCACCCGGAUACCGUGCCUAGAGACGCCGGACGCCCGCCACAGGAUAGCCCUUUUGGUUCACCCUCUCAGAGCAGCUCCGUGGUUGAACUUUCGUAUCCCUGUGAGCCCUCACCUGACGAGUCCAAACAGCAUGGCUUACCGUCCCGAAGAAGCAGUUCCUUUGUAAAUCUCUCACUCCGCGACGGCCAACUGUAUGACGAGACGAAGUGCGUCGAUGUCACUGACAUCGUUUCUCAUUCAUUCGAGCAGCAGAGUGAGAGAAAACAAAGAGGUCCACUUACUGAGGCGCAGCGCGAGGCAGCCCGCAAGGCUCGGGAGUGGCAUGCAUGUUUACGAUGCCGUUCCCAACAUGUUCGUUGUAUCCCAAACAAAGAUAACCCGGAUGAUCGGGAUGCACCGUGUCUUACCUGUCUCAGUGUCUCUAAAACAAAGAAGACCAUCCACAACUCUCUCUGUUUUCGGCUCGACGUGACCACAAUAGUUCUCUAUCGCUCAGGCGGCUUGAAACUCACCCGACGCUGGGAGGGGACGCAGGUCAAAGACGUAGGUGACUGGGCAGACGACAACAUUCGCGUCAUCCAGAUGACCCAAGGCCUGUGCCGCACCCCUGUAACGCUGCGCGUACGGAGGUUCAACCCCAACGACGGCGAUGUCCUAGUUCGACGCUGGGUUGAUAACGGCGUCGCCGAGACCCAAGACUUGCCUCCAUAUGCCCUCGCCGAUAUUCACGAGACAGCCACCGUCUUUGAGGCUUAUCUCAGGAACCAUGCAUUGGAAGGCCUCACUGAGGCUGUGAGAGGAUCUGACGAGCUAGUAGAGCGAACUUACGCCAUGAUCUUCGAGCACUACUAUCAACUUCAGACCAAAGAGAAGAAAACCAACACGGAGAAGAAACUCCUGCACGAUCUGAUCAAGUUCACGUUUUCGAUAAGGCACAUGACGGGAUCAUCGUGGAUAUGUGGCGAGGAGACGCUCGGCAUUCAACCAAAUCAGAACGCCAACUAUCCUCUUGGCAACAAGCUCUCCCUGCCAAGGACCAUCAUCGCCCAGUUCGACAGCAUCCAGAGUGAGAUCAUUCUCAAAAGGUCGGCUCCAUUGGUGCUGAAGCGACUUGUGGAGUUUAUCUACAGCAAUAACCCCUCGUGCUGGUUCACCAUGUACCUGGCUAUCUUCAUGCUUCUCCAUGAAAUAUCUCAUUCCACCCAGGAUAGGUAUCGCCACGCUCGGCAGAACCUGGCCCCGGGGAGUUGCUCACUGUCUUGUCCUGUCCAGACUCGUUACGGUCCUCUCGACUUCUUUGUCGAGCAGAUGCAGGCGGGCGCCAACACACUCCUGCGCGCCUGGCAGUAUUAUAAAUGCGUGGACCUAGCCAAUUUUGACUGGGAAACCCGCAUGAACAGCCGCAUGAGCCGUAUGACUCCCGAACAAGCAGAUUUUGUGAAAUGGAGCACCCAGACAAUCGCGAAGCGACGCCCCACCAUACCCACAACGUGUCAGGACGGGUGCUGGGAGCAUCCGCUAUAUUUUGUCUCCCACAUGUUUACCGAAUGGUCGCCUGUCCCUACCUACAACUACAUGCCGGCGUGA